AUAAUCGGUGUAAACAAUGGCUGUGUUGUGACUGCGAAUCGGAUUUAAUGUGAAACUAGUAGAUCAUAUCGUCACAAGCUGGCAACGAUGCAGUUACAGUCAAAUAGAGUUUUUUGUUUUGUAUUUUACAUCAUUCUCCAGUUUAAAAAUUCUGCAGCGAGUGACCUUAGAUGCGAGGACUUGUUAAUGGGACAAUUCUAUUGUAAAGAUCCAGUGAUAGACACGGAAACUCAAGCAGAAAUUAACUGUGAUCCAGAGAAAAAGACCACACCAACUGAAUGUGUUGUCGCAGAAGGAAUAACCUGCAUUCCCCAAAAUUCAAACACACUUUACACAUUCAAUGGAACAGAAGUUGGCUUCUACAAGGAAGCUCCUUGCAGAUGGACGAAUGGUUACAAGUUCGAGACAGCAUUACUCCUUUCAGUCUUUCUUGGGAUGUUUGGGGUUGACAGAUUCUACCUUGGGUAUCCCGCAAUAGGACUUUUAAAGUUUUCUACUCUGGGGUUUUUCUUUCUUGGACAAUUGAUUGACAUCCUCCUGAUAGCCCUUCAGGUAGUGAAACCUUCGGAUGGAUCCGAAUAUAUCAUGAACUAUUUCGGAGUUGGUCUGAUUCAUAUUCAGGCAAAUAAUGACACAUAUAUUAAGCCUGACGAGUCGUGGAAUAUGUCAUGAUACCAGUUGAAAUAGAUUCACUUAAUAUGUAAUAUAUUUUCCCUUUUGAAUGCUGGUUACAUCAAUAAGAGAUUUUUUUUUCUCCAAGAAUAUGUGUACUUUACAAUUAUUAUGUAACAUUUGAUAUUUUAAAGGAAAUCCUGCAUAGUUCUAUUUUGAUUUAAGCAAUGUAAUGUAAUCAACUUUUAUUUGUGUUGGUUUAAAUUCAACAAAACAAAAUUUGAGACAAAGACUAUAUAUGAAUUUCAAUUUCCAACAAUUGGAUUGUUUUGCAGCUAGAUAGAUUUGUGAUGAAACUGUUCUUGCAAACAUAGAAAAUUUAAUAAUCUCAGAAAUAUAACUUGGUAUGCAAUUAUCAGAUAUCGUACUGCAUGAUAAGUUUUGAUGGUUCUUAGCUGAGAAAAUUGAUGUGCGAGUCUUUUUGUCAGUCAUAAUGCAUUAUUCCUUAACAAUGAACAUUAGUAACUUUAAAACUUUAGUUAAGAUAUUAUCUUAACGAAAGUUGAUGUGUAGUAUUUGUUGGAUAAGAACAUGUAUGAAUUAUGAAAUUUGUGAUCCCCACCAACAUAUAUUUGCAUUAAAAAAAGUGUAAAACUGAGGUUGAUUCUCUUUCUCACUGCUUGGGCAUCCUGCACUGUACAGACUCACAAAGUACAUGGAAAUGAUGAGCAGAAAAUUUUUUAUUAAAAUUGAAUUGAAUUUUAUUUCCAUAGGUUUGAGCUAUGUCAAUCAUAUCGUGAAUAGACAUGUGUUACAUUAAAAAUUUAAUUGAAAAUCAAAGUAUUCGGGACUUGCCCCAAACAGUUAGUCAAGAAUACUUUGAUUUUAAGACUGUGAAUAAAAUAUUAUAAAAAUAGUCCACUGAAAAUUCGUUUGAGACUAGUACAGUGCACGUCAGUAUUGUUAGUACUAAAAUACCAUUCUAUGAAUCCUUCACAUGGCUGCAUUUUUCUCAGGUGACUACUAAAGCUUAUGGUUCUUCUGUAAUUAAUAAGCUAUUUUUUGCAUUGGGGUUUUAUAAAAGAACAUGUUUUUAUGGUUGAUAAAUAUUGUAAUGCCUUGGGAGAUAUAACUCAGUAUAUAAUAAUAGUACACGUAUACACGAUUGGCAAUUUCUUCUUGCUUCUUAAAACUGAUGUUUUAUGUGAGUAUAUGUAAACUUGUAAUAAAAUGAAAUGAGGAAAUCGAA